AUGGCGCCUGCCCUGUCGGCUUCCUUAUUUUCUCUGCCACUGCCCUCCUGGCUGCAGCCGACGAGCACUCGUGUCGCGCAAUAUGAUCGCCGAAAGCGCAAGAAGAGCGACGAAUGGACCGACCAGGAGGACGAUGGCGCUUAUACAACAGACGCCACGUCAGCUGGAGAGUCUGGCCCUGCCGGACCCUCGCUGAUUUUGACGCCGAAUGAAUCUCACCAAUAUCGCAUUGCCGGUCUCACUUCCGACCAAGAACUACCCGGAGGGAACUUCCCCCACGGGCCACCCAAGAGCGACCAACCCAGGAAGGAGGCGAAGUCACUGAGUCGCCAUCUCCGCGACCUCUCCUCGUUAUCCGCUCCAGUCUACCCUCCCCAGUCUGCGGCACACCAAGGUACCAUUCGUCUUCAGCAUCUGUCGGUCUUAACCGCCAUUCUGCACAAGUGUCUCCUCCAGGGAGAUUACAUUCGGGCUGGAAGAGCAUGGGGCCUUAUCCUGCGAGAAGAGAUCCGUGGCUUCUCGGUGGACCCACGCAGUGAAGGCCGAUGGGGAAUUGGAGCUGAGAUUCUAUUACGUCGCGGUCAAGAAGAAGCGUCGCAGCAGGCUUCUGGUCCUUCGUCCGAUACAUCCACUGGCCAGGAUCGGACGGCUUUGCCAUUCACCAAGAAAGGGUUCGAAGAAGCCAAGGAAUACUACGAAAGGCUAAUUCUGAAUCAUCCCUUUUCGAAAAGUGCUCCGAAUGCGGUGUCUUCGUUGAGCUUUUACCCCGCGAUGUUCGGACUGUGGAUCUAUGUCACCCAGGAGGAGAGUCAAUACGCCAGAAACAACAUCACCCUCGAUGGCGAUGAUUCCUCUGAUGAACUUUCCGGCGACGAGUGCUCUCCAGGUGGUUUUGAUCGCCGGGGAUCAAAUAACAAACAGAGUAUCGUCGCCAGUAUACGAAAGCGAGAACUGGAGGAAGCGCAAAAAAUUGCGACCCGUAUGGAUAUGCUCCUUGCGACUCCUCCAUUUUCCGAUUCUCCGGAGUUACUGGAGUUGCGUGGCAUGCUGUCGCUUUGGAUUGGCGAUUUGCUCGUCUCUUCGCUGGCCAGUUUGCCUGACUCUGCGGAUGAUUACGAUCCGGAUGAAAUGCAUAUGGAUGAUUUACCGGUCUCCAUUGAAGCAAGACACGAGCAGAGGCUCGCUCUGGAGAGAAAAGCAGCGGAGAUUCAAAAAUCAGAGGCUUUCCUCGAGAAAGCACAGAAACGUGGACGAGGCGUCGCUUAUAACCUGGAGCAUCUCCAUCUUGACGAGGAUUCAGCUUCUGAUUGA